GCCCCUCCUGGCCAAUCAGGGUCUCUGCAGUAGCUUCGACACCACCCCCCAGCGGUCGCACAGGCGCACUGAGCUCCCAACUGCCAUUUUGUGGCAGAGGCUACUCUGCUAAAGCGGGAGAGGGAUUAAAACUAACUGCGAAGAAGGCUGCAUUUCUUACCAGCCCAUCAAACUUUGUAGCAGACACUCUGUGCUUUCGUUCGAGUUAAACGGGAGGAGAAACACACUAAAAAGAGGUUUACAGGCAGGCAACAGCCUGAAGCCUAAGGUUUGCAGGGACAGUCAGGUAACAGGCAGUUGUUUCAGCAAAGCUCAGGGCUGUCAGCAGCAAAGCGAAAGGGAGAUUGCCAGUACAACAACCAUGCAGACUGCAGCCCAGUGUACAGAAAUCGUGAAAACAGUUGAUUUAUCCUGGCUAUUCCAGUUACUACCCAGCAUGGACGGCGGGCAAACAGAGCGUGUAGGGGUAGUGGAGGUCCCCGCCAAAGACUUCCCCUCCAUCCAGGCCGUUCACAGCCAGGAUGCCAUGGUUGCUGACCUCCUCCAGCAAGCUGCAGAGGCCGGGGGUGUAGUAGAGGGACAAGCUGGAGUCGUCCUCGAACAAGGUCAUGGGGAAGGAAUGGUAACAGCCACCCAGGCCCAGCAGCAGCUACUGGAAGCUGGGGUCGGGGUUGGUGUAGAAGGCGGAGCAGGGGUUGAAAUGAUGGUUAUGGACUCACUCGAUCCCACCCUGUUGCAGAUGAAGACUGAGGUGAUAGAUGCUGCAGUAGGGGGAUCAUCAGCAGCAGUGGGUGUUGUUGGAGGGGUAGCUGGAGCCGCUCACCAAGCAACUGUAACAACAGUGGACCAGACUCAAAUAAUUACACUACAGGUGGUGAACAUGGAGGAGCAGGCAGCCUUGGGCUUGGGGGAGCUCCAGCUGGUUCAGGUGCCUGUUUCUGCCACAACUGUGGAGGCCUUGCAGCAAGGCACCUUUGUAGACACCACUGCAAUGCCAAAGGACGGAGACCCGGUCAUCUGCCACACCCUGCCACUUCCCGAGGGCUUUCAAGUAGUUAAGGUUGGUGCUAAUGGGGAGGUGGAGACAGUGGAGCAGGAGGAGGAGGGAGGAGAAGCCCACCCUGAAGAGGAGGAAGAUGAUGAAGUGGGGAACCAGCUGCUGGAAGAAGGGGAGGAUGAGCCCAUUCAGCCUCCAAAUGACGACCCAAACUGGGCUAAAGACCCAGACUAUCAGCCGCCAUCUGGAGCAGUCAAAAAGACCAAAAAGGGUAAAAAGAGUCGCCUGCGUUAUGCGGAAGGAGAUAAGGACAUGGAUGUCAGUGUGUAUGACUUUGAAGAAGAACAACAGGAGGGCCUUCUGUCUGAGGUCAACGCUGAGAAAGUGGUGGGCAACAUGAAACCACCCAAACCCACAAAGAUCAAGAAAAAAGGAGUGAAGAAGACAUUUCAGUGUGAACUGUGUAGCUACACCUGCCCUCGACGCUCCAACCUGGACAGACACAUGAAGAGCCACACCGACGAGAGACCUCACAAAUGUCACUUGUGUGGAAGAGCCUUCAGGACGGUCACCUUGCUAAGAAACCAUCUCAACACACACACCGGAACUCGUCCCCACAAGUGCACAGACUGUGAUAUGGCUUUUGUGACUAGCGGAGAGCUGGUUCGUCAUCGUCGUUACAAACACACACAUGAGAAACCCUUCAAAUGUUCCAUGUGCGACUAUGCCAGUGUGGAGGUGAGCAAACUAAAGCGUCACAUUCGUUCCCACACCGGCGAGCGUCCAUUCCAGUGCAGUCUCUGUAGCUACGCCAGCAGAGACACAUACAAGCUGAAGAGACACAUGAGGACACACUCAGGAGAGAAACCUUAUGAGUGCUACAUCUGCCACGCUCGAUUUACCCAGAGUGGAACCAUGAAGAUGCACAUUCUGCAGAAACACACAGAGAAUGUUGCCAAAUUCCACUGUCCACACUGUGACACUGUCAUCGCACGCAAGAGUGACUUGGGGGUCCACCUUCGUAAACAGCACUCAUUUAUUGAGACUGGAAAGAAGUGUCGUUACUGCGACGCUGUUUUCCAUGAGCGCUACGCUCUGAUCCAGCAUCAGAAAUCCCAUAAGAAUGAGAAAAGGUUCAAAUGCGACAUGUGUGACUACUGCUGCCGCCAGGAGCGCCACAUGGUGAUGCAUCGUCGAACCCACACCGGAGAGAAACCAUAUGCCUGCAGCCAGUGUGAGAAGACCUUCAGACAGAAGCAGCUGCUGGACAUGCACUUCAAACGUUACCACGACCCCACCUUUAUCCCCACUGUUUUCAUCUGCCCCAAGUGUAGCAAGACCUUCACUCGCAGGAACACCAUGGCACGCCAUGCUGACAACUGUAGCGGUGAGGUGGAGGAUGCCGAGAAUGGAGCUCCAACCCCAAAGAAAGGGAGAAGAGGAAGAAAGAGGAAAAUGAGGAGCAGAAGAGAUGAGGAUGACAGUGAGGAGGAUCACGCUGAACCUGAAGAGGAGGAGGAGGAGGAGGAGGAGGAGGGUGAGGGUGAGGAGGAAUCAUCACUGCUACAGGAAGAGGAGGAGCCAGAAACCAUGGAACUGGACCAGGCCCCUGCCGCCAUCCCUGUGCCGGCCCCCGACGAACCACCAGUCAAGAGGAAACGAGGCCGACCCCCGAAGAAUGCCCCUAAGCCUCCUACAUCCAGCAAGUCAGUCAGGGUGGCUUCCAAGACAACUGCUUCUGCUGCUGCCAUCAUUCAGGUGGAGGAUGAGAGCACCGGAGCAGUGGAGAACAUCAUAGUGAAGAAGGAGGAGGGCGACGCCUCUGCUGCGACGCCUCUGGAGCAGGGAGUGGCCCUGACCGUGGAGGGCGUGGGGCUAGAUGGGGAAGGGGUGGAGACUGUUGAGCUGGCUGUGAAUGAGGAAACAGCAGCUGCUGCUGCCAACGGAGAUCUGACACCAGAGAUGAUCCUCAGCAUGAUGGACCGGUGAAAACAACACUCAGCCACACACAUGUAGCUGGACUAUGUCUAAAAUUGGCAAAUACAAAUUAACAUUUCCACAUCUUUGGCCUUCACCUUGUGUUCUAUCUGUGUGUGCUUUUAAUGGCAGCCAUUUUGAAUCCAUUGGAGUGUCUGCAAAAAAUGGCGACAGCAAAAACAAUCAUGCACAAAGAAAGGAAGCUACAUGUAAAUACUUAAGCAGUAACUUCACAUCCAUGUAUGUCAACCUGCAUUCUGAUGUUUAGGGGUCUCGUACACAAACACACACACACAAAUACCAGAUUUCCCUACAGACACCUGUGUCAAUACAAAUAUCGUCCAAGCUAAUAACUGACUGCUAUAUGCUCUUAAAUGCUUUUUUCGGUUUGAAUGUCUUCUGAAUGAAUCACUGUGUAUUUUUGCUACUUGCCUCUACCCAAAGCCACAUCCUGUGUCAGUUCCUACCCACAUAUUCUGCAGUUAAUGUUAAGGCGGAAACUAACCCCUCUCCAUGUUGCUCUACCACAAGGAGUCAUUAUUUGAUCUACCCUCCCUUUACACUUUGUUUUUCUGCUGUCCUGCUUGAGGUUCUUGCAACCAUGCUGAUUUUGCAAAAUUCCAAGCCUUUGUUUGUGUAAAUAAUAGGUAUAAAUGUAGUUUUUCCUAAUGAAGACGUAGUAUAUGGUACUUUUGUUUGCCUCUGAGAUAUCACUUGCUCUCAGUCAUAUUAUCUGUAUUUUUUUUUCCCUCCCAAAGUAUGAUUUUCCUCCGCGGCCUGUGUAAGCAUAUGGUCCAUGUUGUGGUGUUAUUAGUUGGCUGUUUGUACAUUAAGGCAAGGAUGUUGAUGGAAGAAUUCUUCUUUAUAAAUGAGCAAAUGGGCAGAGGCAGGUACAUUGAAAUGAACAGAGGUCUAUCUAGUUCAUCCGUUUGACCUUCACACUGCCAGCACCCAACCUUGUUCGAAUGGAAACUUGCCCUCAGUCAGCUCAUGUACAUUAAAUACUCGAAACAGCUGCUAAGUUAGUUUCCCAGAGCCAACAUUGUUAGAGAUGAAGUUAUUUUUCAACUGUUUAUCUAUUUUCUCCUACCUAUUACUGAUGGAAGAUAUUUAUCAUUCAUAGUUAAUAUUCCUCCUCCUCCUGUUGAAAGAGAAUGUUGAUAGUUUGCCAUCACAUAAAAUGAAUCAUCCCUGCUGGUUGGAGAAAAUACAGAUCAUCCUAAUUGGCAAAAUAUUUUACUAUAGUAGUGAUUUUGAACAUUCCAAAUAUUUCACUUAAUAUGGAAUUACGCAUUUAAAUCAUCUCACUUGAAGUAAUCAGCAGUAACAACUCAAACAUUGUUUUGCAAGGUAAUAUCAGCUGCUCUUUGUUCUUCCUUAAAAUGUAUUCACAUCCCAGUUCAUAUUGUGUUUGCAACACCCGCCCAACAACCACCCCCUCCUACAAUAAUCACUAACUGUGGCAGGUGAUUUGCAUGUAAAUAUAUAUUUUAAACCCUUUUUCUUUUUGAUUUCUUGUGAUCCCUUUUUAAUGUUUUUAAAUAGCUGAUUUGGAGAUAUGUUGGUUUAAAAGGACAUCAAGGUUUUCAAUUAUGUGGUAAACACAUUAGUACAAUACCUGGUACUUUAUGCCCUGAAAACUCUCCAUCAUGCUUUCCUUCCACAGAUGAACCCAUCUUAACCAACCCAACUGAAUUGAAUGAAUCUGAAUCACUAUCAUUUUUCUUUCUCUCUCUCUCUU